UCAGUUGCUAACGGAACACGAGGUGGGAGUCAAUCAGUCAAUUUCGAGCGUCAUCGUGUCGAAACGAUAAUUUGCUCGACGUCCGACGAUGCCAUGCAUCUCACUGAUAACGUAGGAUUAUUCGUUGUUUUUUAUGUAUAAGCUUCAGUUGUAUUCUCUUGGUUGUCGUUCUUUUCUGUGACACACAAGCGAGAUAGGACACAUUGAAUCAGCAGACGAUCAAUUAAUGCGUAUCAUCUGACGCUGUUUCUGGUCUGUAUAGGCAAGAUGCUCUCGCACAUCAUACUCGUGACCCUAUCUCUCCUCUCUACUGCAUUUGCUACUGUGAUACAUUAUCAGCCGGAAGCUGUACAUAUUUCUUAUGGCGAUAACAUUCACGACAUUGUUGUCACUUGGAGCACAAGAAACGAUACCAAAGAAUCAAUAGUGGAAUAUGGCAUAGGUGGGUUUGUUCUGCGAGCUGAAGGAAAUUCUACCCUCUUCGUCGAUGGCGGGAAACAAAAACGGAAACAGUAUAUCCACAGAGUAUGGCUAAAGGAUUUAACGCCCAACAGCAAAUACAUAUAUCAUUGCGGUAGCCGUUAUGGAUGGUCAAAUAUAUUUUACAUGAGAACUGCACCCGAGGACUCUACAGAUUGGUCACCGCAAAUAGUUAUCUUCGGUGAUAUGGGUAACGAGAACGCGCAGAGUUUAUCACGGCUGCAGGAAGAGACCGAGCGUGGUUUAUAUGAUACUGCCAUUCACGUCGGCGAUUUCGCUUAUGAUAUGAACACGGAUAAUGCGCGCAUAGGAGACGAGUUUAUGCGGCAAAUUGAAUCCGUUGCUGCUUACAUACCGUACAUGACUGUACCCGGCAACCAUGAAGAGAAAUACAAUUUUAGCAAUUACAGAGCCCGAUUUACUAUGCCAGGUAAUUCGGAAGGCUUGUGGUACAGCUUUAAUAUAGGUCCUGUACAUUUUGUAGCUAUAGAAACUGAAGCUUAUUAUUUUAUGAAUUAUGGUAUAAAACAAAUGAUUAAACAAUAUGAAUGGUUGGAUAAAGAUCUACGAGAAGCUAAUAAACCUGAAGCAAGGGCUCAACGUCCAUGGAUAGUAACCUUUGGACAUAGGCCAAUGUAUUGCAGCAAUAAAAAUGCAGAUGAUUGUACUAACCAUCAGAGUCUAGUUAGAGUUGGAUUACCAUUUUUAAAUUGGUUUGGACUGGAAGAUCUGUUUUUCAAAUAUAAAGUAGAUUUAGAAAUUUGGGCGCACGAACAUAGUUAUGAGAGGAUGUGGCCCAUGUAUAACUUUCAAGUGUACAACGGCAGUUACGAGGAACCGUAUACAAAUUACAAAGCACCUGUACACAUAGUUACUGGCUCAGCUGGUUGUAAAGAAGGUCGAGAGAAAUUUAUUUCAAAACCACCGGCAUGGUCCGCAUUUCAUAGCUCAGAUUAUGGAUACACGAGAAUGAAAGUGUUCAACAAAACCCAUUUGUAUCUCGAACAGGUAUCCGAUGAUAAAGAUGGGGCUGUUUUAGACAGAGUUUGGCUUGUGAAAGAUAAACCUUUGCCGCAGUAUGUAGAAGUUUUUCCUACAAAUUAAUGUGACACAAAUCUAAUUUUAAUUAACGCCAUAUUACAAAUCGAGAUAAUGAACACAAUGUAGAUUAAAAACAUUUAGCGAAUUAUAUUGUUAUAGUAAAUAAUUAAUUUUUUUUUACUUCGGCUUUGUAUUAUACGUAUAAUUAUAUAAUUUGAAUUUGGUACACAUUUUACGUAGCUGAAUAUACUACGGUCGAAAUGUAUAUAUGAACAUGAACAAUAAAAUGCGUGAUAUUUAUCUA